AUGAGAUUUGGUGAACAAUUAAAUAAAUCUUUAAUCAGACAAUAUAGUUAUUAUUAUAUUGCUUAUGAUGAUUUGAAAAAUUCCAUUGAAGAGAAUUUAAAUAAUAAUCAAUGGUCCGAAGAUUUAGAAACAGAAUUCCUAAGUUCUUUAGAAUUAGAAUUGGAUAAAGUUUAUAGUUUUUGUAAAGUUAAACAUAGUGAAAUCAUUAGAAGGAUUAAAGAUUCACAAGAACAAUUGCAUAUUUUAAUUGACUCUUUACAUUCCAAUAAUAUUAAUCAACCUUCAGAAUUGGAUUUCAAUAUUUUAGAAGAAGAAUUAAGUGAUGUCAUUGCUGAUGUUCAUGAUUUAGCUAAAUUCGCAAGAUUAAAUUAUACUGGGUUCCAAAAAAUUAUUAAAAAACAUGAUAAAAAGACUAAAUUCAUUUUAAAACCUAUCUUCCAAGUUAGAUUAGAUUCAAAACCUUUUUUCAAAGAAAAUUAUGAUGAAUUGGUGGUCAAAAUUUCUCAAUUAUAUGAUACUGUCAGAACAAGAGGUAAUCCAAUUAAAGGUGAUUCCUCUGCUGGUGGUAAACAACAAAAUUUCGUAAGACAAACCACUAAAUAUUGGGUUCAUCCAGAUAAUAUUACUGAAUUAAAAUUAAUUAUUUUAAAACAUUUACCUGUCUUGGUUUUCAAUCCAAAUAAAGAAUUCGAAAAAGAAGAUUCUGCAAUUACUUCCAUUUAUUAUGAUAAUGAAGAUUUAGAUUUAUAUUACGGACGUUUAAGAAAAGAUGAAGGUGCUGAAGCUCAUAGAUUAAGAUGGUAUGGUGGUAUGUCUUCUGAUACAAUCUUUGUAGAGAGAAAGACUCAUAGAGAAGAUUGGACUGGUGAAAAAUCUGUAAAGGCAAGAUUUGCAUUAAAGGAAAAAUAUAUCAAUGAUUUCGUCAAGGGGAAAUAUACUGCUCAGAAAGUAUUCGAUAAGAUUCGUAGAGAAAAGAAAAAAUCUCCCAAAGAAAUUGAAAGUUUAGAAUCUUUAGCGAUUGAAAUUCAAUAUGCGAUGUUGAAGAAAAGAUUAAGACCAGUGGUAAGAUCUUUCUACAAUAGAACUGCUUUCCAAUUACCCGGGGAUGCAAGAGUUCGUAUCUCUUUAGAUACUGAAUUAACAAUGGUUAGAGAAGAUAAUUUUGAUGGGAUUGAUCGUACAAAUGGUAAUUGGAGAAGAAUGGAUAUUGGUGUAGAUUGGCCAUUUAAACAAUUACCAGAAAAGGAUGUUUGCAGAUUUCCGUAUGCUGUCUUGGAAGUUAAAUUACAAACACAAUUAGGUCAAGAACCACCUGAAUGGGUUAGAGAAUUAGUUGGUUCGCAUUUAGUUGAACCAGUACCAAAAUUCUCCAAAUUUAUUCAUGGUGUGGCAACUUUAUUAAAUGAUAAAGUUGAAUCAAUUCCAUUUUGGUUACCUCAAAUGGAUGUAGAUAUUAGAAAACCACAAAUCCAAACUAAUAUUAACAUUACAAGACCAGUAAGAGAUAAUGAUUAUGAAGAGGGAAUUUAUGAUGAUGAAGAUGAAGAUGAUGCUGCAUUAGUAAAUGCAAUGUUGGCAAAUUCUCAUCCAACAGGAAAUCUAUUGGAUCAAGAGGAAAGAAUUGGUAGUAGUAGUUAUGGUGCCAUUACUACAAAUAAUGCUACUACAAAUGUUCCUGUGGAAGGUGAAAGUAUAAACGCUGCUUAUUAUCGUAGAAAAAUUUUAGAAUCAAACAAUUAUAUUGCAACAAAAUAUUACCAAUUAUUAUCUUCUUUUGAUCAUUAUUUAAAUGGUGAUUUGAUUAGUAAAGUACCAAAAGGUACACAAUUUGAUACUGUUAUUAAAGCUCCACCGGGAAAAACAAUUUGUGUUCCAGUUCGAGUCGAACCAAAAGUAUAUUUUGCAACUGAAAGAACAUUUUUGUCUUGGUUAUCAGUUGCUAUACUAUUGGGUGGUGUUUCAACAACUUUAUUAACUUAUGGUACAAGAGUUACUAUGCUUGCUUCUAUAGGGUUUUUCCUUACUUCUUUAUUUACAAUUGGCCAUAGUACCUAUAAGUAUGCAACUAGAGUGGUCGAUAUUAGGCUAAAAAGAGCUGUUAAUUAUGAAGAUAGUAAAGGUCCUGCGUUUAUUUGUACUUUCAUGAUUCUAUCAAUGAUUUUCUCAUUCUAUUGUAAUUAUUCACUAUAA